AAUAACUAUUCAAAUUUAGCGUACCAUGGAUAAAUAAAUGAUCGAACAUCGCAUUUCAUAUUAUAAGAUAUUUACACAACCACUUUUUCUCACCUCAAGCAAUCAACGUGGAAUAGCGGAUUAGCAGACGCAAAAAAACGUAGCCUACAUUAUAUUUUAACCACGUUUUAACACGCCAUAGCUCGCCCCUACCUUCAGUAAGUUAGGCUUCGGCUUUAUUCCCAGAUAAAUUCCACGCAGGGUUUCGUUUUUGUUUGUUCUAUAGGCUAUACAGUCAAUGUUUUCAAGCCCUGUGUUGCUAACAUACCUAAGCUGUGAAAUUAAGGUCUAGCCUACUGGUGGGUUUAGUUAAAUUUGAGUAAUAGGAUAUGCAACCAUUUACAGCUGGAGAUAGUUAUUUGUGCUCGCCAAAAUCAUAGAAAUUAUCAUUACAAGACACUUACAGCAUCUCCUGUAAUCCAAGACAGAUUUUCUUCGAGUUGUUAGGCUUUAGAGCAUUUAUUUUAACAAACGACAUGGAAAACAUAAUUCAUUUCAUCCACAUAUCCUUAUGCACAAUGCACAACAACAAUUUAGCUUAAACCGUGAGAAUCAAGCAAACCUCACGGCCAUCAGGGCCUUAAAGUGACAGGCACUGAAUUCGACUUGCACAUCACCAAUGCAGUAAUGACAUGAAAGAGUAGUCUAUAUCGUUUAAACUUUAUAAAUAGUAACAGUUUGGCUCACAGGUCAGAUGUGGCCUUUGAUUAAGCUUUAAUUUUGUGUAAUUAAUUGUAAAUAAUACGUUCUUCGUUGUGCAUUGUGCCAUUUCAUGUUUGUUUCAUUUCAAUUUCUAAUAAUAAUGUAAGUAAUAAUUACUAAUAAUGUAAAUGGGAAAAAAAGUAUUUAAUUGGUGUUUAUGUAGCCUAGGGGUUGGUUGGACUGUUCUGAUGGAAAUCUGACUUCGUUGCAGUAUGAAAAGGAACCAGAAUAUCCAACAGUUCUUCAUUAGCAAGAAAAGCAAACCUGAUGAAGACAGUGAACUGAUCAGAGCAGCUGACGUUAGCAGUACCAGCAGUGGUUCAGAUAAUGUUAGCGAGUCAGAUCAGGAUGAUGACAGGCAGCUUCACCUGAUGACCUGGAUUCAGACAAGGGUGCUGGAGACACUUCAGAUCCUUAUAGGGGUCCAUCAUCAUCAUCUUGUCCAUGUGCAGCUACAAACCCAACCCCUGGACCUCAUGACAUCUCCCAAUCAAGGGCAGCAAAUCCAACUCAACCUGUGCUGAGGAUGUUUCCCAAGACCACACAAGGUCAGAAAUGAAGCGCAUUCAACCCGCAGUGGUACAGCAAGUAUUCUUGGUUAGAGUACUCCGUUAGCAAAGAUUCAGCUUACUGUUAUGCAUGUAGACAUUUCUCACUCCCUUCAGCAUCAGAAUCAGUAUUUACGUCCCAGGCAGGUUUUUCACAUUGGAAGAAAGCGCUGUAUAAAGAUGGAGGCCUUACAUUGCAUGACCGGUCUGACAGUCACGUGAAUGCAAUGUUUGCUUGGAGAGAAUAUAAGAAUCGUAUGCUGUCUGAUUCUGGGUUAAUGGAUUUAAUCGAUCAAGAGUACAAAAGAAAAGUUGAGGAGAACAGGAGAUACAUUAAAACAAUCUGUUGUUAACAGCAACUCAGAAGCAGGCUCAGAGGGGCCACCGGGAGUCAGAGGACUCUGACAAUAGGGGGAAUUUCAUAGAAACUCUAACUGUGAUUGCUAAUCAUGAUGCCCUUAUACGUGAGAAAAUUAGGGAAAAGGGGAAUGCAAAGUACACAUCUGGAACCAUACAGAAUGAAAUUCUGGAGUGUCUUGCAAACAUGGUGAGGGAUGACAUUGUAAAGGAGGUGAAGGAGAGUGAGGUUUUCUCAGUAAUUGCAGAUGAAAGCAAAGACCUCCAGAAAAAGGAGCAGCUGUUGUUGGUAGUGAGGUAUUACUACAGUGGGGCUAUACAUGAAAGUUUCCUUGAUUUUCAGCAUGCUCAGGAUUUGGAUGCUAAGGGACUUAGUGAUAAAAUCAUACAAUGCCUUGAAAAAUAUGGGCUCAAUGACAAGGAGAACCUGAUUGGUCAAGGCUAUGAUGGAGCAGCUGUGAUGAGUGGGAAACACUCGGGUGUGGCAGCCAGAAUUCAGGCAGAGGCUAAACAGGCAUUUUAUGUCCACUGUAAUGCCCACUGCCUGAAUCUAGUCUUAGUGGACACAGUGAAGUCAGCGGCAGAGGUAGAUGUUUCUUCACCCUCCUCCAAAGACUCUAUGUGUAUAUGACCGGGUCCUAUGUACAUCAAAAAUGGAUGGAGGUUCAAAAAGAUAUGUAUGGUGGCCAAUGCAGAGAGUUGCAAAAACUGAGUGAUACACGAUGGGCGUGUAGAGCAGUGGCUUGCAGGAACUUAUUGGAUAGAUUACCAGCCGUCCUGCAUGUUCUUGAACAGAUCAGUUCAGAGGACAAUGGGGACAGAUCUGUUGAUGCUCGAGGUUUAUUAGCACAGACUGACCUUACAUUCAUAGCCUUACUGACAACUUUCCAAAAACUCCUUGGAACCACAAAUCGCCUCUCUGACCUGCUACAGGUCCCCUCACUUGACUUAGCCAUAGCAGUUGAUUUGAUUGAAUCACUUCAUGCUACAUUUCAGGAGUACAGGAACGAGACAUUUGCACAUGAUUUGUGGCAAGAAAUAUCUGAUAAAGCCAAGCUGUGUAAUGUAGCAGUUGAAAAUGUCACAAAAAAGAGAGAACAGAGAGUAAGCUCAAAACUGGGUGGGUCUCAUAUAACUUGUACUAUAGGCCUACGCAGGGGUUAUGAAGAUAAAAACUCAUUCAGGCAAAGGUUACUGUACCCAAUCCUAGACUGCAUCAUGAGUGAGAUGGACAGAAGGUUUUCAAAGUCAAACUGUGUACUCAUGAAUGGGAUACAGGCACUGAACCCUCAAAGCUGUACAUUCCUAGACAAGGGUCAAGUCUUACAAUUAGGUGAUUUGUAUGGCAGUGAUCAAGAGGACUUGACCCAUGAGCUGCAUCAGGCCAGAAGGGUUGUAAAGAGAAAGAUGGACAGUGGGGCAGUACAAUUGGGAAGUGUUACAGACUUCACUGUAUUUUUGGAACCCUAUAAAGAGGUGUUCCCUGACCUCUUUAGGCUUUGCAAGGUUGCCACAGCUAUCCCAGUGAGUACUGCAGGCUGUGAACGGAGCUUCUCAGCCCUGAAGCUAAUAAAGACACACUUGCAGACCACCAUGGUUGAUGGUAGGUUUAGCCACUUAGGUGUGUUAAGUAUUGAAUCCAGGAGAGCAAAAGCUUUAAAUAUGGAUGACUUUAUCAAGGUUUUCACCAGCUCACACAAAAAUCAGCUCAUUCAGUUGUUUUAACACCAAUAUAUAGAUGGACAAACAAAUUGUAAUUCAUUGUUCCAUGAAUAAAUAGUAUUUAGCUGAGAACUUGGAUUUUGGAUGUUAACAGCUAUAGAAAUAGAUGGGCAAAGAUAUUAUGUUUGAAUUGUUAUUGUGAAAAACAAAAUGUCUUGAAGGUGUAUUUUUAUGUUUGAGAUGUUUGUUUAUUUAUAUUUGAUUUUAUUC